AUGGAUCCCUCCCCGCCACCAGCGACGGAGCGCGACCCGCUGCUGGUUACGUCUCUCCAGGACCAGCAACAGGAAGGAGAAAGUGAACGAAGGGAGGACAAGAAACCGUUCUAUCGUCCCAGGCCGUUAUGGCUCGUCCCAUUCGCUAUCAUCGCUUCUAUCACCAGAGGAAUGACACUCGCCCCCCGCGUCGAAGUCUUCACCCAACUCUCGUGCAACGCGAUUCAUAGCCACUAUAACCACACCUCGGGCGAUAGCACAUCUCUCCUCAGCGUCUUCAUGCCCUCUUCCUCCCUUUCUCUUGACCCUUCCUACUCUUCCUACUCUUCCUCCUCAUCCCCUUCAUCGCUCAAUUCCCUCAGCAUCCUCUUCCCCUCCUCCUCCUCUUCCUCAGACGACUCAGACAACGAAGAAGACCCCCGCAAUCUCCCCUCGCAAAUCUGCCUCUCCGACCCCGCCGUGCAAGCCGGCGCGGCGCGCCUCCAGACCAUCAUGACGACCACGAUGGGCACCCUGAGCGCGCUGACGACGGGGUGGUGGGGUAGACUUGGGGAGAGGGUGGGGAGGACGAGGGUGUUGAGCGCGGCGGUUGGGGGUAUGUUUUUGACUGAUCUAACAUUCAUCCUCGUCUCCACCCCCUCCUCGCCCCUCUCGCACCACGGCCAUAUCCUCCUCCUGCUCUCGCCCUUGAUCGAGGGUUCACUUGGAGGGUGGUCGACGCUGCAGGCGACGGCGUCGGCGUAUGUGAGCGAUUGUACGAGCGAUGGGUCGAGGGCGCAUAUUUUUAGUCGGUUCAUUGGCGUCUUCUACCUCGGUUUUUCGCUCGGCCCCAUGGUCGGCGCCUACUUCAUCCGCAACCCGCUCCCCAUAUUCUCAGCCAUUUCCCCUUCCUCGCCAUCGCACUCCUCCAACCUACUAGAAACAUUCGCAUCCCGCGCGAUCCCGGGCAGGAGUGGCGUCCCGAACGUGACCUCCGUCUUCUGGGUGGCCAUUCUCUGCAGUUUCGUGAACUUGGUGUUCGCCAUGGGCUUCCUUCCGGAGAGUAUGGAUAAGGUGAAGAGGAGGGCGGCGAUGAAGGCUCGGGAGGCGGAGGAGGCGGAGGAGGCGUUGCGUGCGCAGCAGGAGGAAGUCGACGAGGACGCUGUGCAGGAGGUGGACGGCGGAUCAGGCGUGGCGAAGAGCAAGCUGUUUGGGCCUUUGGCGGUGUUUGCGCCGAGGAAGGUGUAUAGGACGAGCGAUGAGAGCGGGAGGGUUGGAGGGGCGAGGACGGAUUGGAGCUUGACGCUUUUGGCGGGCAGUUUGGCAUUUUAUUUGUUGAGCAGUGGUAUAUUCCAGAUCAAGUACCUCUAUGCGGAACAUCAGUUCGGAUGGAGCGCUGAACAGCUGAGCUACUACAUCUCCUUCGUCGGCGGCGCGCGCGCGAUCUGCCUCCUCUUCGUCCUCCCCACAAUAAUCUCCUACUUCAAGCCCAAGCCAGUCCCCACCCCAAUCACAGUCGCAGUUGCAGACGGUGCCUCAACCUUGACCUCUACAGCAGCAGCAGCAACGACAGCCGAGGAAGCGCUCCACCAUUCCAUCACCUUCGACCUCACGCUCGGCCGGCUCUCCCUCGUGCUCGACAUCCUCUCGCACACGCUCGUCUCGCUCCCCAUCUCAGAUUCAUCGUUGCGCUUCGCGGGGCUCACGGUCAUUUCGUGUUUUGCGUCCGGCAUGCAUCCGGCGGCGCAGAGUUUGGCGGUGUGUAUCAUGCAGAGGCAGGCGUUGAGGGGCGUCGGGGAGGAGGGCGACGAUGAUGGACACGAGAGCGGGCAGGGUGGGCAGAGGACGACGAAGAAGAAGGUGGAGGGGAUGGGGCCGUUGUUUGGUGGUGUGGCGGCGUUGCAGGCUAUGGGGCAGAUGAUUCUCGGGCCUCUCAUUUUCGGUGUCCUCUACUCAUCGACGGUCGCGACCCUCCCCAAAGCGAUAUUCAUGCUCGCAGGCGCACUCGCCACGGCCUCGCUCGUCAUCCUCUUCCUCAUC